CUUCCAUUGAAGUCUUGAACACCCCCACACACACACAGUCAUCCAUGUGGGAAUCAGCUUCUUCCAAACACCCAGAAAUGUUGAUAUUUUGACCUCUCCUCAUGAAUCACAAGUGUUCUUAAUGGCAUGCAGUUUGGUGGAUCCUUUACUUUCCUAAAGAUUUUCAAUUUACUUUGCCCAGAUCCAUCAGAGGAAUUGCUAUCUAUGACAGCUACAGCUGUGCAAAAUUAAUUCCUUAAAUAAUAAGACUUGAAGGUCAAAAUUACCCCUUGAGGGAUGCCUGGAUGGCUCAGUCAAUUAAGCGUCUGACUCUUGAUUUCAACUCACAGUCACAAUCUCACAGUUCAUGAGUUUGAGCCCUGCAUCAGGCUCUGUACCACCAGUGCAGAUUCUCAAGAGACUCUUGGGAUUCUCUCUCUCUGCCCCUCCCCUGCUCUCUCUUGCUCUCUCUCAAAAUAAUAAAUAAACUUACAAAAAAUUACUCCUUGAUCCAUGGAAUGGCUAUUGUGUUAGCAGGCGUGAAAACAAAAUUAGUCUCACUGUACAUCUCCAUCUGAGCUCUUGGGUGACCCGGUGCAUUGUCACUGAGCAGUAGGAAUCUUUCUUUCUGGGCAGUAGGUCUCAAGAGUGGCUUAAAAAAUUUAGUAAACCAUAUUAUAAACCGAUGUGCUGUCAUCUGUUCCAUUUGUAGAGUACAGGCACAGUAGAUUUAGCAUAGUCCUUAAAGGCCCUAGGAUUUUGGUAUGGUCAGUGAGCAUUGGCUUCUACUUAAAGUCACCAUCUCUAUUAGCCCUUGACAAGAGAGUCAGCCUGUCCUUUGAAGUUUUGAAGCCAGCAUUGAUUUUUUUCCUAACUAUGAAAUUCCUAGACAGAAUCUUCUAUUUUAAAGCUGUUUUCAUCUACAUUGAAAACCUGUUGUUUAGUGUAGGUACCUUCAUAAAUUAUCUUGGCUAGAUCUUCUGGAGAACUUGUUGCAGCCUCCACAUUGCCGUGUGCUGUUUCACCUUGCAUUUUUAUGGAGAUAGCGUCGUUCCUUAAACCUCACGAACUGAACUCUCUUAGCUUCAGACUUUUCUUCUGCAGUUUCCUCCCCUCUCUCAGCCUUCACACAAUUGAAGAGAGUUAGGGCCUUGCUCUGGAUUAGGUUUGGCUUAAGGGAGUGUUGGGGUUAGUUUGAUCUUCUCUCUCGACUACUCAAACUUUCUCCAUAUCUGCAAUAAGGCUGUUUCACUUUCUUAUCAUUCAUGUGUUCACUGGAGUAGCACUUUUAAUUUCUUUCAAGAACUUUUCCUUUGCAUUCACAGCUUGGCUAACUGGACCAAGAGGCCUAUCUUCUGGCCAUCUUGGCUUUCCACAUGCCUUCAUCACUAAACUUAAUAAUUUCUAGCUUUUGAUUUAAAGCUGUGACUGUUCCUUUUACUUGAACACUUAGAGGCCAUUGUAGAGUUAUUAAUGGACCUCAUCUCCAUAUUGUUCUGUGUCAGGGACUAGCUAAGCUUGAGGAGAGGGAGAGAGAGGAAUAGUCAGUGGAGCAGUCAGAACACACACAUCUAUCGAUUAAGUUCACAGUCUCAUGUGGGCCUGGUUCAUGGUUCCCCAAAACAUUUACAAUAGUAAAAUCAAAGAUCACCGAUCACAGAUCACUAUAACAAAUAUUAUAAUAGUGAAAAGUUUGAAAUAUUGCAAGAAUUACUGAAAUGUGACAAAGAGACACAAAGUGAGCAAAUGCUAUUGGAAAACUAGUGACAGUAGACUUGCUUGACACAGGGUUGUCUCAGACCUUCAAUUUGUUAAAAAUGCAGUAUCUGUGAAGCACAAUAAUAUGAAGUAUGUCUAAGUGAGGAAGAUGACAGAGAAAGUUAAUUGAGGAAUUUCUUUACUUCAGGUCUUUAUAUGUUAUCUUCCCAAUGAGGCCCUUCUCACACAAUUUGUAAUUUAGCACUCUCUCUCUCAGCCCACCCUGUUUCCCUUUCCUGAAUAAUUUUUCUCUACAGUACUUAUUACCAUCUAACGUACUAGAAAGAAGGCAUGAGGUUUUUCCACACUGUAUUCACUACCAUGUCCCCAACACCUGGGACAAUACCUGAUACUUUAGAGGUGCUCAGGAAAUAAUUGUGGUAUGAAUAUAUAAGGCUUGUGGUUUCCCAGUAAUAAUAAUCCAAUUCAUUAAGUGGGUAUUUUGCAAUACAUGGCAAGCACUGAGCUAGAUUCAUUAUAUAAAGUACACUAUGGCCACUGCUCUUUUCCAUAAUAAAACACUUUUUGGAGGCAUUAUUUGAAACAGAACAUUGAAUUGGUUAAGUCGUUGGUUUGAUUCUGCUGUAGAAUUUCAGAACCAGAAGGGAGCUUGGCAAUAAUUUGAUUCAGCCACCUGAUGUCACGUAGUUGCCUGAAGUUCCAUCAGUGUCAUUGAUAACCUCGUCUCACUUCCCUCUUUCCCUUGUCCUCACAACCUGUGAAUCUUUUGGCUCGGCUGUUUUUCCCACACUUUCUAAUCUCCAGCUAACUGUCGUUUCCAGCUGGGCCUACCUUUCCCACUGCCUCUACUGCAUUCUAAGUGACUCUGUAAAUCCUUAACUCAGCCCUGGAAAAACCCUUCCAUCUUUCUUACCUGAAAUUUUCCUGUUUAAUCUCAUUUCUUACAACUCUCUCCUCAGUUCUAGAAGCAUGUCCUGAUCCCGAGGGCAUCCUUAAGAACUUAUUGUCUUCAAAAUGGGCAAAAGACAUGAACAGACACUUUUCCAAAGAAGACAUCCAGAUGGCUAACAGACACAUGAAAAAAUGCUCAUCACUCAUCAUCAGGGAAGAACAAAUUAAAACCACAAUGAGAUACAACCUCACACCAGUCAGAAUGGCUAAAAUGAACAACUCAGGCAAAAACAGAUGUUGGCAAGGAUGUGGAGAAAGAGGAUCUCUUUUGCACUGCUGGUGGAAUGCAAACUGAUGCAGCCACUCUGGAAAACAGUAUGGAGAUUCCUCAAAAAGUUAAAAAUAGAACUACCCUAUGACCCAGGAAUUGUACUACUAGGCAUUUAUCCAGGGGGUAGAGGUGUGCUGUUUCAAAGGGACACAUGCACCCCCGUGUUUCUAGAUGCACUAUCAACGAUAGCCAAAGUAUGGAAAGAGCCCAAAUGUUCAUUGACGGAUGAAUGGAUAAAGAAGAUGUGGUGUGUGUGUGUGUGUGUGUGUGCGCAUGCGCGCGUGUGUGUGUACACACACACACACACAUAUACAUACAUACAUACAUACAUACAUACAUACAAUGGAGUAUUACUUGGCCAUCAAAAAGAAUGAAAUCUUGCCAUUUGCAACUACGUGGAUGGAACUUAGAGGGUAUCAUGCUAAGUGAAAUGAGCCAGUCAGAGAAAGACAAAUAUCAUAUGACUUCACUCAUAUGUGGAAUUUAAGAUACAAAACAGGUGAACAUAAGGGAAGGGAAGCAAAAAUAAUACGAAACAAGGAGGAGGACAAAACAUAAGAGACUCUUAAAUAGAACAAACUGAGGGUUGCUGGAGGGGGUGUGGUUGGGGGGAUGGGCUAAAUGAGGAAGGGGUAUUAAGGAAGACACUUGUUGGGAUGAGCACUGGGUGUUGUACAUAGGGGAUGAAUCACUGAAAUCUACUACUGAAAUCAUUAUUGCACUAUAUGCUAACUAACUUGGAUGUAAAUUAAAAAAUAAAUAAAAUUUUUAAAAAAGAACUUAUUGUCUUCAAAACACAAACUUGAAGAAAAAGCAAAAAGGCAGUAUGUGUGUAACACCAGUUUUUUAGCCUGAGGUCUUUCAUUCCAUGGAGCUGAAAGCAGUCCGGCGGUGUAACUUCAGUUUCUUCCUCCCAUUAACAUAGGCCAGCGUAUUGCAGGCUUGUAAACAUGCAUUACUUCAUGCCUGCCAUACAUAUAGCCUCAGUGACAGAAAAGCAUAUCAGAACAUCCCCAGUUUUUCCUAAAGAACAGUGGUGUUUAAAUUUAAACGUUGGGGGGAGGGGGUGGUCAUUUAUAUAAAGAAUCUAGGUGGGGCUAGAGGGCGCCAGAUAUUUUAAGCAGCUUCAACCAUCAUGCUCUUUAAAAAUUCUCUUAAUCCUCACAACUCUGUGAGUAAUUCUCUCCAUUUUGCAGGUGUGGAAACUGAGGCUCAUGUAAGUUAAAAGUAACUUGUUCAGAGUUGCCUGAUCAGUAAACAGGAAAGCUGAAAUUUUAUGUAGGGCCUCUGCUCCAGGUCUCUAGGGCCUCUGCUCUCUUCCAUUGGCAAACCAUGUUGCCUUCUGGAAGUUGGGGUAGCAGGGAACAAGAAUUACAGUAUUUGAUGUAGCAUAGGAAGCAGGUAUGUUUGCUUUUGCAUCUAACAAACCAGCCACAGAAAGAAACCAAUGCCAGGGCACCUGAAUGGUUCAUUCAGUUGAGCGUCUGACUCUUGAUUUCGGCUCAGGUCAUGAUCUCACGGUUCAUAAGCUCCAGCCCCACGUCGGGCUCUGCUCUAUGAGCAUGGAAAGCCUGCUUGGGAUUCUUUCUCUCUCCCUCCCUCUCUCUGCCUUUCCCACCCCCGCCCCCCCACUUGUGCACUCUCUUCUCUCUCAAAGUACAUAAAUAAACUUUAAAUUUGCCAGGUGGUAAACAGCAGCUAUACCAGGAUCCAUAAAUCUAUCUGUUGUACUCUGGUAUGGUCCUGUCAACCUAAACUAAAUUCUCCAGUACUGUUUCUGGGCUGUGAGUGUGUGUAAUGUGCCUGGUUUAAACUUAUUCACAGUAAUCGUUUUGUCUGGGCUGUUCCAUCUGCUUGCUGUUUUUGUAUACCAAACCUGAUUGUGUUCAGACUUCCUCCUUGGACUGCUUCUUCCAAUAUGCUCCCUGGAUUCAUGAUACAGAAAUGUCAUCCUCUUCCGUUUCUGACUAACCUCUUUGUAAUGACUUUUUUUUGCCAUGUACCAUUGUCUGGCUACUCCUGACUUGGCCUUUCCUUUCUGGACUUGUUUUCUUUUACUAUAGCAACUGUGAUAAUUAUCGCUUGCAUUUACUGAGAGUUUUCCGUGUGCCAGGCACAUCGCAGAGGGCUCUAUUUAUGUUCGUGUCAUUUAAUCCUCACAACUGCCUCGUACUGCUAAGUAUGGUUAUGCUCAUUUUACAGAAUGGAAAAUUGAGACACAGAGAGGUAAAGGAACUUGCCUAGUGUUAACAUCUAGUGAUAGAUCUGGAAUUAAAAUUUCAGUUACCUCCAAAGCACAUCCUCUUUUUUAUAUAUAAAAUAAAAUAAUUUUUUUUUAAUAUUUAUUUUUGAGAGAGAGAGACAGAGCAUGAGCAGGGGAGGGGCAGAGAGAGAGACACACGCAGAAUCCAAAGAAGCAAGAACUGUCACCACAGUACGUGAUGUGGGGCUGGGACUCACGGACUGUGAGAUCAUGACCUGAGCCGAAGUCAGACGCUCCCAAAGCUCAUCCUCUUAAACAUAUGCUGUGUUACAUCCAUGAUGAAGAAGAUGAUGGUGAUGAUGAUGGUUACUACAAUAUGUUGAGCACCUACUGGGUGCUGGGCAGCAGGUGCCACCUUUUGCCUCCCAUUUUACAGUGUGGAAACUGCUGUUACACAUGCUCUGCUUUUAGGCUAAUAAGUAAGUGCCGGAGUUUGAAGGUAUUGGAUAUUCUUGCAUUAGAGCAUUCUUUCAAUAUGUUUUUCCUUUUACUCUCUUUCCUAUUUUAAUGGUCAACGUAAUAAUGUUUUUCUGACUGCUACCAGUAUUAACAAUUAAAAUGUUGCCUGAGGCUUUCUAUACUUUUUUUCUUACCAUUGCUUUGGCUUUAUUAUUUUCUUAUUUGUUACCUUUGCUAUUUUUUUUUUCUGUAUCAAAAGCAGAUAAAGGGGGUAAAAUAACGGGGGGAAAGGAGAAGGUACUAAGGAAAGGUAAAAGGAAAUUCCAGAUACUAGAAAUUCUUCUGUGAGCUCGGUUUGGAAUACUGAGAUUUAAACUAAAAGAUUUGGAGUUUUGUUGUUGUUUGUUUUGUUUUUCGCAGCCGUCAUUUGUUGAAGGAAUAUUAGAGCUUUGGCACUUACAAACUUGGUGACAUAAGUCACAGUAUUUGACCUUACUAACCUUAGUUUCCUAAUCUGAUAAUAGGUUAAAUAAUAUGCUCUUCACAAUGCAUGGUUAGUUGUGGCAAUGAUUAAAUCCAGUAACCAACGUCAACCUCCAUAACGUAGUGCUCAGAAGUGUUAGUUUACCAUUUUUACCUUCAGGUGUUAAUGAAAUAAUCCAGCGUAUGUGGCUAAACACUGCAGCUUGUGUUAGAUAUGGCUUUUUGCAUUUACCAAAUUAAGUGUUAGCAUACACAGGUAUGUCUGUGGAUAAAAAUUCAUCAAGCUGUAUCCUUAAUAUUUAAGUACUUCGACUAUAUGUAAGUUAGUUAUAUCAUUAAAAAAGAAAAAUCAGUAUGCAAGCUGCACCUUCAGUUGGGACAUGUGGUUAGCUGAUAUUUUCAUGUAUUAUAUGCAACAUGUGGGGUCAUUACCUAUCAUUUUGUAAUCCCCAAGGUCAUUUAGUGGUUAUUGAGCUUGAGCAGGAAGAGAAAUACUGUCAAACAUUUAUUUCAAAUUUAUUAUUUUAGUAAGCAAAAUUUUCAGAACUAUUUAUUUUUAGGGAAGGUAUAUUCAGUCCUAAACUAUUACUCCUAAUGUUAUUAAUUCCCCCUGUGUAUAGAUCUCAUCCUGCUUUGGAUCUGUCACUUAUAGGUAGGAAAUACUACAGUUUUAGAGCAAGCCGUGAAAUGUGAGAACAGUCGGUACUUGUGAGGCAAGCCUGUCUUGAAGACAUAUCUUUGAGUCUACCUCCUUUCCCAUCAGUGUGUAAUGCACAACCCUGACGUUUUGUGCAUGAUUACAUCUACAAGUUCUACUCUGGAGUAGGCUCCCAUUCUUCUAUAGCUGUGAGUCUGGAGAGUUAUAAAAAAGCUCAACGGCAGGAGAAGUAGGUGUGGCCUUUCGGGGCGGGCCACACAGCAGCCCGAAUGUAGUUGGCAGUCUCCUCCCCUUCCUGCACUUGAGCUCUUCACAGUGUGCGCUCUGGAAUGACAGGCAUUCCUGUGUGAAGAGAGCCAGCGUGAAGACAUAUUUGUAAGAACCACAAGUGCCCAGGCUGGGAUACGGGGAACAGAAACUCCAGCAAAUUAACUCACCUCAUGCUUUUUCCCGACGUUUGGCAGUGACACUGAGAGAGGAGUGCAUGUCUCUUCUUUAUGUGGAUUUAUCUUUUUAAGUUUUCUUUGGUCCGGGACAGUUUGUUGUUGUGAGACACAUCAGACAAUUUAAUCAUGGGGCAAGCUGACGUCUCCAGACCGGUAAAUCCAGAUGCAGUUGAAGAAGCAGGCCAGCCCACCGCAGACCCAGGCAUGGUCAUGGACAGUGUGGAAGCAGGAGACAUGACGCCUCCCACCAAAAGGAAGAGCAAGUUCUCAGGCUUUGGCAAAAUCUUCAAGCCCUGGAAAUGGCGGAAAAAAAAAAGUAGUGAUAAAUUCAAAGAGACAUCCGAAGUUUUAGAGCGGAAAAUAUCUAUGCGAAAACCGAGAGAAGAGCUGGUUAAAAGAGGGGUUCUUUUGGAAGACUCUGAGCAGGGUGGUGAGGAUCCAGGGAAAUUGAGCCAUGCCAUGUUAAAGAAUGGCCAUACCACCCCCAUAGGGAGUACCACAUCUUCUAGUUCAGUCCAAGCAGAUGAAGAGUCGGGAAGAAUAACAAGUCUUAGGAAACCUGUUCCAGAAGAGGACCCAAAGAAGCGACUAGGCUCGACUGGAAGCCAGCCUAAUUCCGAAGCAGAGUCCGUUCCUGAGAAUGUACCCAAACAGCCUUUACUUCCCCCUAAAAGACCCUUGUCCUCUUCUCACGAAGCAAACGAAGGGCAAGCAAAGGAUGCCACUUCCUCUGGCGGCGCGGCAAGGUCCAUCUCCUCCACCUCCACUGCCGCCUCCACCUCAGCACCUGCCGCCACCACUCCUGCCACCAACCCAGCAAAAACUGUUAGUUCCUCUGUCCCCCCCUCCCCAGCGCCCAGGACUCUGCCUGCCACUCCUGCCAGCACUAACACUACUGCCACCCCGAGCCUCACUCAUACGGUCCCUGCCAAGCAGCCCCCUAUCCCUCCCCCUAAACCAGCUCACAGAAAUAGCAACCCUGUCAUUGCUGAACUGUCCCAGGCAAUAAACAGCGGUACAUUGUUAUCAAAACCGUCCCCACCUUUACCACCAAAGAGAGGCAUUCCGUCAGCCUUGGUACCCACCUUGGAGUCUCCUGCCACCGCCACCGCCACCGCCACAAAAGCACCAUCUGAUCAGAGAGAAAAGAGCACAUGCUCUGUGGGCUCGGAACCACUGUUGAUGAUCCCACCUCUCUCUCCGUCCCCACCGCUGCCUACUCAUACACCUCCUGAACCCCCACGGUCCCCUCCAUUCCCUGCUAAGACUUUUCAAGUUGUGCCAGAAAUUGAGUUACCACCGUCCUUAGACCUACCCCACCUACCCCAGGAGGUUUCCCAGCAGGAAGAUCAGAAAAAGGAAGUGCCUAAGAGAAUGUUGGACCACAGCUUUGGAGAGCCCCAUGUACCCUGUAGGCUGCCUCCACUCCCACUGCAUAUCCGAAUCCAGCAGGCCCUGACCAGCCCGCUUCCCAUGACUCCUCCCUUGGAGGGCUCUCACAGAGCUCACUCCUUGCUCUUUGAGUACAGUGACAACUUUUCUGAGGACAGCAGCACCCUAGGUCGGACCAGGUCACUUCCCAUCACUAUUGAAAUGCUGAAAGUUCCAGACGAUGAAGAGGAGGAGGAGCAGACCCCCCCAUCUGCAUUCACUGAAGAUGUGGCAUCUACCUCAGUUGUUCCCAAACUGCCACGGUGUCUGCAGGAAGAGGAGGAAGAGAAGGAGAGUGACUCUGAUUCAGAAGGUCCCAUUCAGUACCGAGAUGAAGAGGAUGAAGAGGAGAGCCAUCAUAGUGCUCUGGCCAACAAAGUGAAGAGGAAGGACACACUGGCAAUGAAGCUGAACCACAGACCCAGUGAACCAGAGCUGAACAUGAAUUCCUGGCCUCGGAAAAGCAAAGAGGAGUGGAAUGAAAUACGGCACCAGAUUGGGAACACACUGAUCCGACGACUGAGUCAAAGACCGACAGCAGAAGAACUAGAACAGCGGAAUAUACUACAACCUAAAAAUGAAGCUGAUCGGCAGGCAGAAAAACGAGAGAUUAAACGUCGUCUUACUAGAAAGCUCAGUCAGAGGCCGACUGUGGCUGAACUACUUGCCAGGAAGAUUCUGAGAUUUAAUGAGUAUGUGGAGGUAACAGAUGCUCAAGAUUAUGACCGGCGAGCCGACAAACCUUGGACCAAACUGACCCCUGCUGACAAGGCUGCCAUAAGAAAAGAAUUAAAUGAAUUUAAAAGCUCAGAGAUGGAGGUUCAUGAAGAGAGCAAACAUUUUACACGCUACCAUCGUCCAUGAUGCUGAAGUCUGAGAGAGGAGCUAAACAGCCCCCCAAAACAGGGCUGCUUGGCUGCUUCGGUCUCCAGAGUGAUGUGGAAGGAACUUCUGCACUUCACAGCACAGCCAGGAUUCAGUCCUCGGGGAUGUAGCUCUGGGGCGAACAGCACUUCUCUGAAUGUAGCAUUUCACUGGAAUGGGUGGUCAUGUGCUGCUUUGGGCAAAACUGAACACUUCAUCCGUGCUUUUGAACCUUUUAACAUUGCAUCAUACUUGAGGGGUCUGCCUCAGCACCCACCCACGCUCUGGGCCCCUUGCCGGUUCCGAGUGUUAGUGGCCACCCACACCGUCGCCCCAAGAUGACUCCUGUGCUGGGGCACAGUUCGCAUCAUUCGCCUUACCUGCCCUGUCCUGGUCGUGGGUGCCCCUUGUGUGGCCCCAGCCAUCAAAUCCAAUUGGUGGUGGGAAAAACCUUCUGGAGGCCCCCAGCCUUCUGGCAGAGGGGCCCCCACCUCCCGGGGACACCUCCACACCACAUUGGAACGUCAGUGGAAAGCAGCGCACUAUACCUCUUGUCACACAGCAAUAAAGUCCUCUUCGGGCAGCGCGGCCUGAGGGGAGCUCAGGAUCUGACAUGUUCCUUUCUGGCACAAGUCAUCCUGAUUUUUAUUUUUUAAAUUAAAAAAAAAAAAAUGAUCUUGAAGAAGUGCUGGAAACUUGUGUGUUUUCCUGCCUGUUAAACAAUCUGAGCUGCAAUUAGAUUCCAAGUUAAGACAGUGAGAAAGCAUAUAUGUUUUCUGUAUACAAAAACAAAACCAAAAAAGGCCUCUCUGUUAAUGGCAUUUUGGCACAAAACUAACUCAUGGCUUAAAUUUUAUAAGCUGUUGUACAUUUGUCGCACCAAAUGAUACUCUAAAUCAUUCUGACCAAUAGAUGUGUUCUCCUCCGGAAAACAGAGUUGUGGCAACUCUGUGGGAGCCAGUCGCCUGCUGUGGGCCCCCACGCUUCCAGCCAGAGUCACUGCAAGGUCCUAGGGAAGUGGGGUGCGGACCAGAAGAGGACUUUGGAGGCGGAAGUAGGAGGAGCACAGUCAGGACCCACUGUUCCUCCCUCCUGCUCAGUGCUGUUUGCCCUUCCCUGCUGUACUCACCGUCUCCCCUCCAGGUACCCGUCCCCUUGCUGAGCCUCUCUGGCUCCUUCCACCUCACGUACCCCUCUUCUGCCAAGCAGGAGCCGGUGUCAUUGGUGCCUGGGCCUUGGCUCGGCCCCCACCCCUUUUUGUAUUUGUAAUGUAUAUUAAUAUGAAAUGUUCCUAAAACAGAAAAUUUAUUUGCUUUCUUUUUUAUUUGGAAAACCAUACUGCCUCACCAUUUCCCUCUAAUUCCUAUCCAGACUAAGCGGAAGAAAAAAAUUUGUUCCUAUUUAACUGAUGAAUGUGGCCUUUUUCUCUUAAUGUUCAGAAACUUGUGGCUGUUUCGCCGAUUUCUUCUGCAGUCCCUGUUGUAAUUGUUCACUAGAUUCUUACUCGUUUUCUCCUAAUAUGUCCAUAUAAGAUUUGCUGAACAGUGAGAACCCAUGAGGUCAAAACAAAAGAGCUGACGUGACCUUAAAAAGGUAGUGUCUUCUCUCUGUAUGGGGAAUCGGGAAGCAUUCCGAUUACUCGGUUACUGUUCGAUGCUUUGUGGCUAUGGAGCUAGAGUGGGUCCACAGAAGAAGAGUGACAGUUGUACACCGUGGUGAGAGGUCUGAAUAUAAGGCGGUCACACACAUGACUUCUUCGAAGCUCUCUGUUGCUUUGGAGACUGACUUAUGCUAGCAUUCUCUGUGGUUACGGUGACAUUUCCAAACCCUUCUGCUGCUUUCCCUUAAUGUGCCAAGUGUGAAACAGAAUUGGAUUUCCUGAGCUACUUGUCUGCUUUCUGUGUGCCACAAAGGACUCUGGUUCAUCUUUCAUCUCAUUCACGUUCUUUUGAAACAAGAUACUUUGGGGGUCAAGUCCUUUCAGGUGUUUAUAUAUAUAUAUAUAUAUAUAUAUAUAUAUAAUGGAUUUUGUGUUCCCUUUUUAUGUAAGUAACAAUUCGUAAUCAUAAUGUAAAGAAGAAAUAAAAGUCUGAUGUAUUGUACUUUAAGAUGCUUCCCUGAUGUACAGAAUCUCCUUGUAAAGUAAAUAAUUGCGUUGUAUAUCAGUCUUCCUAUCAAUAUUAAUUAUAAAGUAUUUUAGAAUUAAAAAAAGACAAAGUAUACUAUUCUGGUAUGAAUUGCUUUAUUUAUUUAUUUAUUGAGAGGGAGAGAGAGUGUGAGUGGGGGAGGGGGACAGAGUGAGGGAAAUAGAAUCGGAAGCAGGCUCCAGGCUCUGAGCUGUCAGCACAAAGCCUGACGCGGGGCUCAAACUCACAAACUGUGAGAUCACAACCUGAGCCAAAGUUGGACACUUAACCAACUGAGCCACCCAGGUGCCCCUGAAGUGUUGUUUUUUUUUUAAACGUUCUACCUUAUUCCAAAAGAUUUAAGCUAGCUUAUAAAUGGUACGUAAAAUACUACUAGAUGCCCUAAAAGAAGUAUAUGAGCGGGAGAAAUAAUACUAACAUUAUUAAGUGUAGCCAGAGGUAAGGUCAGUCAUGUUGUGUCUGUGCACACAUAUGACAAAAAGUCAACUGUGACCACCACCACCCCCCCCCCCCCCCCUGGUAUGGCACCGGGUCCUUUAUCCUAUUUAUCCCACCCCUAAUUUGGGAGGUAAGGGGAAAAAGAACCUGGGAGGUGAAGUUGCUUCCCAAAGGUCAAAGCAAAUUAUGUAUUCACUGCGUAUAUUCAGGGACAGGCAAUUGCAUCCCAGUCGAUUGUCCCUCCAAGGACUUACUGUGUGUGGACCCCAUGGAAAUAGACUUGAGGCUGACAGCAUAGCAGGACAGCUCCUACCUCAUGUACUCCUCUGGCAAGCAGCCCAGUUUCAAUCCCUGUAGCCUCACCAAAUGACUCACUUUCCUCUUGUCACUUCAGAGACUGGCUUUGAUUAGUACACCA